UUUUCUACUUCACUCUCAGCUAGUCAAAAUCAAAGAAACCCCUUUUAGGCCAUCUCUUCCUCGAUGGCUCUAACAAAAACAACCCAUUUUGUAACCCUAACACUUCUUGUAAAUUUCUUCUCCAAUUUUUCACCAUUCAUAUUGGCUAAUCACCAUCAUCAUGCUGAUGAUAUCUCACCCCAGAAUUUCCCAUGGCCCCCAACCCAAAACACAACCAAAGCUGACUCCUCAUUUUUCACAUACACUGCGGCGAGAUCCCUUGUUGGAGCAGCACCUCCAACACAAUUCACAACCCUAAACGCCGACAAAACAACCUUCCCGGCGCUCACCGGGCAGGGCGUUUCCUUGUCGGUGUUGCAAUUCCCUCCCGGCGUAGUCAACCCGCCCCACAGCCAUCCCCGGUCACCCGAGCUCCUCCUUCUCCUCUCCGGCGCCUUACGUGUCGGAUUCAUCGACGCAGAAAACAAGCUGUUUAACCAGACACUGCAAGCUGGUGACAUGUUUGUGUUUCCAAAAGGGAUGGUGCAUUAUCACCACAAUUUCCUGAUUGACAAUACAUCGGUUGCGGUUUCGGCUUUUGCAAGUGCAAGCCCCGGGCUUGUUUCGAUUCCUUCCAAUUUGUUUAAUUCUGGAAUUGAGGACGCAAUCUUGGCUCAAUCGUUCAAAACUGAUGUCCCCACAAUUGAGAGACUCAAGGCUAGCGUGGCUGGAAACUAAGUGGAAGCAAGAAGUUGGAAGUUUGGCAAAUUGAUUGAGAACAAUUGAUUCAUCAAAUUCUUUGUAGAACUACAUAUUAUUAUAUAUCAAAG